AUGGUGGUAAUGGAAUUGGCGAACAAUGGAGCUCUCGACUCGUAUCUACAGAAGAACAACGUCCCGGUCGAGAAAAAGUUGGAAAUGAUUGUACAGUCGGCUUGGGGCAUUGAAUAUCUUCACUCCAGAGAGGUCCUCCAUCGCGAUAUUGCUGCUCGAAACUGUCUCUACGGUGAUAACAAGGUCGAGAUUUCGGAUUUCGGAUUGACGAGAGAAGGAACAGUCUACCAAAUGGAUCCUCAUUGCCGUGUGCCAAUCAGGUGGUUGGCCCCUGAAACACUUCGAAGCGCAAUCUACACACAAAAGUCGGAUGUGUUUGCCUAUGGAAUCAUGUGCUGGGAAAUCCUCAACAACGGAAUUGAACCCUACCCAGGAAUGAGUGUGGCCGAGGUGAAUGUGAAGGUAAAAGAGGGAUUUCGAAUGGAGCUACCGCCAGAGCUAAAUUCGGACGUGAAGAUGGUGGUUGAAAUCAAAUGCUGGUCCGACAAUCCCAAUGAGCGCUUUGUGAUGAAGGAAAUUUCAAAGAACCUGGAGCGAAUUCUGAAGAUCGAUCGCAAGAAGACGUUGGAACCCCCCGAACAACAACAAAAGAAGUCGGUCGUGAAGGCCACAACUAGCCGCACUCGAAUCUCAAAGACGCGGAUCCAACACCAAACUCAAGCGAGGAUGGCGCAAGUCGACAACGCAGUGCAAGAUUUGACGAAGCAAAUGGAAAACUCUAAGCUGAGCUCAAAGGGCGAUCGCGAUCGAGGACGUUUCUCCAAGAAUCCUUUGAACGAGGAAAUUGAAGUGCUCUACGCUGAAAAGCUCAAUGGCCUGAAGAUCGUCCAAGAGAAGGCUACCGGCAAAGUAAAGUGGUAUUCGGUGCUUCGCCAUUUUGGUUUCAUCGAGAUCGACAGUGCUUCCGUCAAGGAUGAAAAUACUGAUGUCUUUGUUCAUCAGUAUUCCAUCAUUGAGUCUCGCACGCGCAGACGCUGUUAUCGAACCUUGGAGGAUGGUGAGGCGGUGCAAUUUGACAUUGCUGACGGCGAGAAAGGCCGCGAAGCUGUUAACGUCACUGGACUUGAUGGUGAACCAGUCGUUGGAUCUCGGUACCAAAUGCUUCAGGCUCCUUGGAUGCGUCGCGCUUUCUUUCAACAUCGUCAGGAAAUGAGCUCGCGCAAGGACGACAAGAGUGGCGAUGUCAAGUCAAGAGACCGCAGACCUAGCAAUGGUGCCAAAGGAGAAAAGAGAGGAAAACGCGUUCCCAACCGACGCCGCCCUUCUCUCAAGUCUGAGACUGACAAAAAGCGUGAGGAAAGCCAUGACGACCCUGUCGAGCGUGGUGCUGCUGCUACAGACGGAAAGACCAAUAAU